AGUGGUUCAGCGACAAGUUGUCCCGAGCUGUACAAUGUGGAGCAGGAUAAAGCCGCUCGCGUAGUCCAGAGGGCGUUCCGCAGGAUUCUAGACAUGAAUGUUUUUAGGUAUCUCAAAAAUCUCAUCAAUUUUAAAGCACAAGGAGACCCAAAGCUUUUGCUUAAAUGUAUAAAUCCUAGAGAGGCAGAACUGAUCGAUGCUGCAGCUGGAGUUCAUGUCAGGUUCAGGCUAGGAGGAACAAAAUUUCCACCCAACAUAUAUUAUAAGUUGUUUACUCACAGACCAAUUGUGGAUAUGUGUGCCAAUAGUCCUAAAGACUACACCAAGCAAUGUGUGAAACAGUUGCUGCCAAAACAAAUCCAUAACCAUGGUGUCAUUCCAGAGGUCACCCACAGUGGCUGGUACAAACGGGUGGAGAACAAUGGCUGGAGGCUCCUGACACUCAGGGUCUUUGACAGUUUAGAUGAAGUGACUGUAGCUGAUAAUAAGAGGAGGGUCAAAUUCAACCACAACAAACUGCAGAGGAUUCAGGAUGUAUUAAAAAAACAAAAGCAACGAAAAAUUGACUGGAUGAGAAAGAUGUAUUAUGAAGGAAGCCUUCAUGCCCAGACUACAGACCCCAACACCACCAUCCUGGUACAGCGUGCUACACAAGGUGUGAUUCAGUCUGUAGAACAACAUGGCACCCAAGCUGUUCUGGACUGGGAAGUGGAUGAGCUGCUGAACUGGACCAAUGCACUUAACUAUGAGGAGUAA